UAGCGCUGUUUUUAGUUACUGCUUCAAGGUCGCAUUUUAUGUCCCCAAGUGUUUUUUCAGCUGUCAGUCAGAGAGAGAUCUUUCGCUCCACGAAAGAAACACAAAAAAGACUUCCUGUUAUUGGCGUAGAGAAUUUUGAAUGUCGAAGAAACCAAGCUUACCAUCUUCAUUCUUUAUUAGCUCCGAGUUCGCCACCUUUCGCUUGUGACUUUUCUCCAACCCAUACCGAUCUUAUAUUAAUCGCCCAGGAAGAUGGCUUAGUCCACUUGUAUGAUACUUCUGUUACUGGUUCUCAAGCCUUCCUCAAACAUUAUGAAGCACAUAGUAACGCAGUAUUCGAUGUGAAAUGGCUUUCGUCUGGAUCAAGCUUUCUGACAGCUUCCGGAGAUCAGUCUAUUAGAUUAAUCGAUGCUGAAACAGGUGUCGUAAUACAACAAUUCUUCGGACAUACUAUGUCAGUACGCAGUCUUUCAUUUAUGCCCAGUGAUUGUCAUAUAUUCGCAUCUACUUCGCGGGAUGGUAGUAUACGUAUGUGGGACACUCGGGUUAAACCGGACGCAAUGAAUUUUCGAGGCUCACCAGGAAUAUCAAGUGUUGGUGUUUUGCCACAGUGUCAUGUACCGCUUUUGCCUAAUUCAUCUAAUACAGACGGUAGAAGAACACGUACGCCAAAGCGUUCAGCGACUGAUGCUCAAAGUGUCACUUCCGUUUUGUUCGUGGAUGAUAAUACCUUUUUAUCUGCAGGAUCUUCAGAUGGGUCAAUCAAAAUGUGGGAUUUAAGACGAGUGUUUUGUGUUGGAAGUAAAAAACAAGCAAAACCAAAAUUUAUUUUACCUUAUUCAGGUACUUCACAAAAACAAAGUGGUUAUUCAGAUUUGACAAUAAAUUCUUUCAAAACACGUCUAUAUGCCAAUUGCCUAGAUAAUGUUGUAUAUGAAUAUGAUUUGACAAAGCCAGCUACACAACCAGUUUUCGCUUAUACUGGUCAUGUGACGGACUCUUUCUACGUGAAAUUAGACAUCAGUCCAGAUGAUUCUUACAUAAUUUGUGGUAGUUCAGAUCGUCGAGCGCAUAUUUAUGCUGUUGGUAAGUGUCAACAACAGCCAAUAGUUCUUUCUGGCCAUACUGGUGAAGUUAGUGUUCCACGCUGGUGUAAAGGUGAUCCUACUAGGAUUGUGACUUUAUCAGAUGAAUCUCAAGCAUUUGUUUGGAAUAUGUUUCCUGCUCGACGUUAUACUUUACCGGAUCCGGGAGAAUUAGCAGGACUUGCUGAACUUAUUUCACCUUCGAAAUCACUUAUGAACACAAGCCACCUAGAGAAACGUAUUUUAUCUUCGGCUACAUCACAAUCGAAUAACGUAGAUAAUAAAUUAGGGAGUCUUUCUCUACCCAAUUUCAAUUCUCGAUCACCCAUGACUUCAGCUCGUCGACGACAAUCAAAUAUCCGACAUUUUCUUGAAACAGUUUCUCCUCCAGUUAAUUCAUCCAUUUCCACAUCAACAACUAACAAAUCUUCAGUUACAAUACCUUCACUCUCGAACAAUUUAAGCGCGAAUGGCUUAGUUUCAAAUCCACAUCAACCAACAAAACGGUUACCAAACUUAGCAACACUUACCGAAACCUUGGGUGGUGUUGUACAACGAUUUUCAGGAUUUUCAACAGGAUUUCAAAAUGUACAUUCUGCGCCUAGUACACCACCUUUAGGUUGUUAUUCUUUGAACUCUGCGAACCAUAGCCCAUUUAUUAAUACUCCAACAAAAACUAAUUCUCCUAUAACACCGGAACAGUUGCUUAUUCAUCCACUUUAUAUGGAAGAUUCUGAAAACAUUAAUCCAGACCAUUGGCUACGCUCAAUUCCAUCUCAAGGUCUUCCUUUGGAUUGUGUUGAUGGACGAGUGCUAAAUCAAUCGCCAAUUAUUCGUUGUUCUGUAGACAGACCUACAUAUGAUCCGAAUUCUCCGGCUACACCAUCAAAAAGAUUACCAUUAUCUUUAAAUCAAUCUAUUUUUAAUACUCCACCGUCACAGCUGCAAAAGGAUGAAUUAUCUAUAACAGAAUCAAGAAAACGUAAAAUAUCAGACGUAUUCGAUGUUUCUCCUGGUUCAAGUCCAACCCUCCUCGUCAAUUCUGAUAGAAUGAAUUUACCUAAUAGUAUAAAUCGUGUCAGAGAAAAAAGACGUCGGUUAACUGCAUUUCCAUCUACCUCACAAUCGUAUGUCUCUCCCAACAGUUCUCCCAUUGUUCCAGUGACUAAUUCUCGACGUCGACGAAUGACAACAAUGGGUCCUUCCGCACACAAUCCAAUCACAAAGUAUUUCAAGAAAAAUGACUGACGUUUUCAUUUGAUACCGUUUUUUUGAUAACAUAAUUUUGACUUGUAGAUAAAUUUUUGUAUAAAAACCAUUUUUAAACUUUUCAAUUCUUACCAAUUUUCUGUUUUUAGAAAAACAUACUAGACUCUGGAUCAUUCAAUUAUAUUUGCACAUUCAUUUUUACAUUCCCCUAUAUAAUUAUGUUUUACGGUCUCUGGAACUUCGUAACGCUUAAUUUUUUUCAUUUUUUUGGAAUAACCUUUUAUACCUUGACUUACAAAGAUCUAAUUUUAAAAUUUUAUUCAGUGCUUUUUUAUAAGGUGUAACUUUUCUGCUUGAUAUGAAAUUGAAUUUUAAUAAAUAAAUAACUUGGGAUUAUAUUUCUUUCAUUGAUCCAAAUAUAUCGAGACCUCUUUGUAUUUUUGUUUGGGAUGUUAAAUCCCCAAAAUUCGCUUGAUAAAUGCCUUAUUUUGGUUUUCACGUUUGCGAGCAUGGGCCGAUCAGUUGACCUUGAGAUUUCAAUUCCCACCAGGAAAAUCCAUGGCUGUGAUUGGCUGCUGUGUAUUCUAGUGUGCUAUUUUCUUAACUGUCUCAAGGACGUGUCUAUGUUGUAUAAAUAAACGAGA